AAGGCCGUUUGUGGCUCCUAGCGGGGAGCAAUCAGUCCAAUGCCUCGGCGAAGCGACUCCAGGAGUGACUCUCGACCGCGGGGAGGAGGCCGCGGCCGCUCUCGCUCUCCUCGUCGGUCCAAGCGCGAUGAUAGCCGAAGCAGGGGCCGGGGACGCGGAAGCAGGUCAGCAGGACGUCCAGGAGAAGCGCUCUCUGAAUGGGGCACAUCAGGGGUGAUUGUGGACCUCAAGGGAUCCGGCUUUGGCUUCAUUCGGCCAGAUACUGGCAAGGUGAAUGACAAGGACCUCUACUUCCACUGCACAGCUGUGAACAAGGCUUGCCCAUUCGAUGAGCUCAGGGUCAACGACGAGGUCACGUACGAGGCGAUCCGGGACGAUAGGAAGGGUCACCCCACAGCGAAAAAUGUGACACUGAAGAACGGCGGCGGCGGGAGCAGCAAGCGGAGAAGUUCACGUUCAGAUUCUCGUCGACGCUAGGGUGGAAUGACAAGGAGCCGGUUCGGUGAUUCGGCGCACUGAAUCGGAUCCAAAAUCCGAAAGCGAGCAUUUCAGUGCCUGGCUCGGUAUUUUGCGCCUUUCACUGCCUUGAAAUAUUCGAUUCGCUUUGGUUGGAGAGUGCCUGUGUGG